AGCCGAAGGCAGAGCUUUAACUCACUGAGCCACCCAGGCGGCCCGGGUUGUAAUGUUUCUGAAAAGAGACGAUGUCUGGCACCUGUGAAGAGGGCUUCCACGUCUGGUGGGGAGAGGCCUUCCUGACUCUCCCAGGGCUCCGCUCUGGGCCCUGGGCCCGAGGGACCCUCACGGCCCGCAAGCCCUGGGGUCGGGAAUGCCAAGUCCCCAGACAAGCCAGGGGCUCCUUUGUGAGCUGAGAACAAAACUGGAAGCUUGCAUAAGGUCAGGUUCAUUCCCAGCCUCUCUGUCCAUGUCCCUGAUUUGGCUACUUUCUCUCCUUCACGAUAGGAGAUGCUUUUCCCACGUGGUCGUGCUCAUUCAUGGGAGUGGUGAGAGCGUAUUUUUCGUAGUAUUAAAGACAUGCCAGAUAUUCUAGGGUCUUAGGUGACACACAUCGUGGGUGCACAAAUAUUGUAGUGGUGAAACCAAAAAAAAAAAAAAAAAAAACCGCCAUUUACCAAACGCCAGCCCGCAUGCUGGGUACUUUCACCCCAUGAUCCUGUUUAGUCUUCUCUACCCUUCUGUAGGGCGGGCAGCUUAUCCCCAUUUUACAGUUGAGCAAACUGAGGCUCUGCGAGGUGAAGCGAAUCACCUAAGGCCAUUCAGCCAGGCAGGCAGUGGCCCGGCUGACUCCACAUCCCGCGGGAUGGUGGGGAGGAAGCCUUCAAGCUGGACCACAGUCACCCCUGCUGAAGGCCAGAUAGCUGUUCAUUUUAUGAUUGUCACCUCCACUGAAGUCAUUUUGGCCUUUGGGUCCCGGGACCACAUACAUUUGAAGUUUUGUUUCCUGAUUGUCACCUCCACUGAAGUCGUUUUGGCCCUUGGGUCCCGGGCCCACAUGCAUUUGAAGUUUUGCGCCUGGGGAUCCACGACCCAGAGCUCACGGCUCUGCAGCUGAGGCCUCUGGAGCCCCUGAGUAUCAUCCUUUGUGAUCUAGACUGAAGAGGGAACCAGAUAGCGCUCUGGGCUGAGUGGGCCACUCGAGCAGCACUUCUCCUCUGGGUCUGCGGAUCCGCCUCCCUGCUGGGGACCUGCCCUCCAGGGCCCCUCCUGGCUCUCCCUCCCAGGACCCCCUACCUUCCCAGACUCCCCUCACCUCUCCUCCAGCCUGCAGAUGAGGCCUGCCGUGGCCCACCGAGCUCACGCCCAGGACUGGGCAGACUCAGCAGCCCCCACCCGCACUGGGAUGCCCAGCCCGCCCACCCUGCCGGCCUCUCGCACAGUCGCAUGUGGCUUCCCUCCGCCCCCACGUGCAUUCCUCCCCGGCCAGCCUGCGGGGUCCGCGAGUGUGCGUGUGCACGCCGGCUCCCGCCCCUUGCGUGGGUCCCGUCCCUCCCUGCAUGAAGGUGACUAAGAAUGGAUGGAUUUGCACGAGGCUCCCGCUCGCCGCUGAUUCCGGCCCGGGUGGCCGGCGUGCGUGUCUGACGUCUGCCUGUGUACGCUGUCAGCCGAAAUGUUGAGCCAGCUGUCCCUCCCCACCCCCCGGGAGCUACAUGGAGGCUUUCCGUGAAUGAGAGGCAUUUUCUACUCCUCUCCUGGCAUAAAUCCGUUCUCGAGUUGGGUGUGUGGGUGUGCAAAAUAAAUGUUGAUUACGGCCUGGGCAUCGGGAGACAGCCUUGCUGGGGGCUGACUCACACCGGCAGUGGUGGAGGGGAAGAAGGGGAGGGCUCUGGGCCCAGGCCGCCCUCCUCCACCCUCAUCCCUCAGCACCCUCUCCGCCCGUGGCUCUUCUGUUCUCCUUACUGUCCCUUGUCCACCCUCUGCCUCCAGCCGGACAGACCCUCUUCCGUCCGGCAUCUCUGGGGAUGGGGGCUUCCUAGCCAGCCUCCCCCAUCUCGAGGCUUCCCUGCCCCUCCAUCCGACAUCUGUAUACAGAGCAGCAGGGGUCAUACUCGCUGGGUUUAGUGGGCUCAAGGAAACCUCCUGACAGCUCUGGAAAAGGGGAACCUCGGUCCCCUGUUGCAGAAGAGACAGGCUCACACCAACGGCCGACUCUGCAGCCCGAGCCUCCGUGGCCUCCCAAAGUGCCACAUGACAAGGAAGAAUGUUCCUGACCCCCCCCCAGGCUGAAAUGGAGGGGGGCAACGUUACUUUGUCCUUCUGUGGCACCCCCACAAUCGCAGGCUCAUUUCCAGUCUGCUCUUCUGCUCCGUGGUUCUUAGUCUUGGCCUUCUAAGCAAACUGUGAGGCCCCUGAGAGUGGGGAUCUUGGGGUCCCACCAACAGCCCGCAGCCUGGCCCAGCAGAGUGGAUGGUGAUGGGAAGAAGACAAACGGGAGCUCCUAGAAACCUAGUCCUUACUACGCUCCAGCAUUGUUACCAGACUCGAUCUCCCUGAUCUCCUCGCCCUUAAAAGCACUGGCCAAGAGGGAAACCCAAACUCCGCCUUUUUCUGGUGAUCUGGUGGCUUCAGGGCAGGUCACUGGACUCCGCUGUGAAGUGGGUCCUGUUGUGGGGCUCCCAUGCCUCCCAGACAGGAUCUCAUCAGCUUCAAGCCUGACCUGAAGGAGGAGCUUUAAGGCAGGGCCUUGCCAUAUCCCUCCUCCUAUUUUACGGGUGGGAACACCGAGUCCCGGGGAGGUUGAGGAAAUUGCUCAAGGUCACACAGCUCGUAAGUGGCAGAGACGGGGGGCAGGCCGAGCCUGCCAGCCUGAGGGCCAGGUUCCCCGCUUCACUCGGUUCAUCUGCAGAGCCAGGGGCUGUCCAUCCCUACUCACCCAUCCCUUUUUGCUGCUUCCUGUCUCUUCCUCCCCGACCUUGCUCCCGACCUUGCUUCCUGAGGCGCUAAACCAGCCUCUUGGGGGAGAAGCAGAGCUGUUGUGUCAUUCGUGCCUCUGUGGGCUCAGCAGGCCUCAGCCCGGGACCUGCUGUCUCCUGUGGCCAGGCCUUGCCAGCUGUACCCGACGGGGCGGGCCAGAAGCCCCUCUAGCAGAGCCUUUGAGUCCCGGGACUUAGGGAACCAGUACCAGGCCCGAGACCCUGGCCCAGCAACGGGUCACAGCGUCCACAGAGGCUCACAGGCCUGUGGGGCACCCUAAGAUCCACAGGCUCUUUCUUCCCCAGGUGACUUUGGUCUUGGAGGAGAGUAAUACCAUUUUCCACCGAGCUAUCUAUCCUCUCUGUCACUUUGAGACGCUGGGGCCACGGCGAUAAUCGGCUUCCUUGUCAUUUCCGUGGUAAAUCUCUUUGUUUCUCUUGUCAUUUCUGAUCACUCCAGAUUGAACACAGAAAUGCAGCAGGCAGGGUUGGGGGGAUGCGGUUGGCUGGGCCGGAGUGGGGGCGGGGGGGCUGACCCUCCCCUCCUGGGGACUCAGGCAGAAGGGACCUAACUGGGGAAGAACAUGGUUGUAACCAGUGCAAAGCCCACCUUCACCACUUACUGACGGCGUGAUGUGGACAAGUGACCGCUUUUCCAAGCCUCGGUCUGCCCAUCUGUGAAAUGAAAAUUAAGAUGCCCGUCUCCAUGGGAUGGCCCGCAUCACGUGCCCGGCCCGUCACAGAAGCUCGGUAGAUGAUGGCUGGAGGGAAAUGGGCCGACCACCUUCUGUCUGCCUUAGACUGGGGAGAUGCAGAGCUGGUUAGCAGAGGGGACGUGUCCUCUUCUCGGAGACAGGUUAGGAUUUUGGUGAAGAGUGAAUCUUGAGGAAGGAACGGAUCCGCCAUCCCGUCUGGAGCGGGAAUGUACGUCGCCUCGUAGAUUGGGCGUCCCACAUGUGGGGCUGGGGCCGUGUGCGUGUGGGCUUCUGUGGGCUCCCUGGAGGAGGGAUUCCGGACGUGGCUCAUCCCACGCUCUAGUUCCUGCCCUUGCUGCAUCCUGAGGGGACCUCCGGCGUCUCCCCCAGCUUAGGAGAGCAGGGUGCAGGCCGCUGGAGUGUCUGCCCCAGUGAGCCCUCACCCAGACACCUCCCAGGUAUCCUACCCGCCGUGCAUCUGCCUCCUCCCCUCUACAGGUGAGGUCCGUGGGGAGCCUGCAGGGUGGCGGGCAGGGGGCCCCUUCUGGGGUGAGUCUGCAUCUGUGUCUCUAGGUUCUGGAGAAGCCGGGCUGGCGAAACGGGGGUUUCUUUUCCCUCCUUCCCUCCUUUUUCUUUUUUCUUAAGCAAGAGAUAAAUAAAUGUCGCCCUGAGAUGACAAGAGAACAUUGAAGGAGAUAAAAAGCACAGCAAAAGGGAGUGAGAGACCGGAAGCAAAGGACAGAGGGCGAUGCCCUCCUAGCCAGCCGCCACGGGAUGGAGGGCUUCAUGGACUCAGGGACACAGACGGAUGCCGUGGUGGUGCUGUCCUUGGCUCAGGCUGCCGUGCUGGGCCUGGUCUCGGAAAAUGAGCUCUUCGGAGCCACCAUAAGCGCCGAAGCCUUCUACCCGGACCUGGGGCCCGAGCUGUCCGGGACGGCCAUGGGGGAGCCCGGGCCCCCCGGCCCCGAUGUCUACCAGCUGGCCUGCAACGGGAGGGCCUUGGAGGAGCCGGUGGAAGAGGAGGUGCUGGAGGUGGAGGCCGCCUUCGAGAAGCACACCCGGCGGAAGACGCGGCCACCUGUACGGCUGGUGCCCAAGGUCAAGUUUGAGAAGGUGGAGGAGGAGGAGGAGCAGGAGGUUUACGAGGUGUCCGUGCCCGGUGAUGACAAGGAUGUGGGCCCUCCCGAGGCCCCUGCUGAGGUGGCCGGCGGCGGUGGCGAGGCCCUGGUGCAGAGCAGCGCUGUCAAGAUGAUCGACCUGAGCGCCUUCAGCCGCAAGCCCCGGACACUGCGCCACCUGCCCCGAGCCCCGCGGCCGGAGCUGGACGCCACCGCCUACGACCCCCACUUCCCCGACCCGGCCCGGGACAGCUUCCCAGAGCCCGGCGUGGCGCUGCCCGGGCCGGAGCCCCUGCCGUCCUCCGAGUGCGGCUUCGAGGCGCCCCACCUGGCCCCACUGGGCGACCCCGAGGCCCCCGCCCUGGAGUCGCCGGAGCCCGUGAAGCCGGAGCAGGGCUUCGUGUGGCAGGAGGCCAGCGAGUUCGAGGCGGACGCGGCCGGCUCCACGGUGGAGCGCCACAAGAAGGCGCAGCUGGACCGGCUGGACAUCAACGUGCAGAUCGACGACUCGUACCUGGUGGAGGCGGGCGACCGGCAGAAGCGCUGGCAGUGCCGCAUGUGCGAGAAGUCCUACACGUCCAAGUACAACCUGGUGACGCACAUCCUGGGCCACAACGGCAUCAAGCCGCACUCGUGCCCGCACUGCAGCAAGCUCUUCAAGCAGCCCAGCCACCUGCAGACGCACCUGCUGACGCACCAGGGCACCCGGCCCCACAAGUGCCAGGUGUGCCAGAAGGCCUUCACGCAGACCAGCCACCUCAAGCGCCACAUGCUGCUGCACUCAGAGGUCAAGCCCUACAGCUGCCACUUCUGCGGCCGCGGCUUCGCCUACCCCAGCGAGCUCAAGGCGCACGAGGUGAAGCAUGAGAGCGGCCGCUGCCACGUCUGCGUGGAGUGCGGCCUGGACUUCUCCACGCUGACGCAGCUCAAGCGCCACCUGGCCUCCCACCAGGGCCCCACCCUGUACCAGUGCCUCGAGUGCGACAAGUCCUUCCACUACCGCAGCCAGCUGCAGAACCACAUGCUCAAGCACCAGAACGUGCGGCCCUUCGUGUGCACGGAGUGUGGCAUGGAGUUCAGCCAGAUCCACCACCUGAAGCAGCACUCCCUCACCCACAAGGGCGUGAAGGAGUUCAAGUGUGAGGUGUGCGGCCGGGAGUUCACCCUGCAGGCAAACAUGAAGCGACACAUGCUGAUCCACACCAGCGUCCGGCCCUACCAGUGCCACAUCUGCUUCAAGACCUUCGUGCAGAAGCAGACCCUCAAGACCCACAUGAUUGUACACUCGCCUGUGAAGCCAUUCAAAUGCAAGGUGUGUGGCAAGUCCUUCAACCGCAUGUACAACCUGCUGGGUCACAUGCAUCUGCACGCGGGCAGCAAGCCCUUCAAGUGCCCCUACUGCUCCAGCAAGUUUAACCUCAAGGGCAACCUGAGCCGGCACAUGAAGGUCAAGCACGGUGUUAUGGACAUCGGCCUGGACAGCCAAGACCCCAUGAUGGAGCUGACGGGCACUGACCCCUCCGAGCUCGACAGCCAGCAGGAGAUGGAGGACUUCGAGAACGCCUACGCCUACGCCGGUGUGGAUAGCAGCGCCGAGGCCAGCGUCCUCACCGAACAGGCCAUGAAGGAGAUGGCCUACUACAACGUGCUAUAGCACAAGCUGGGCCGUCCAGAGGGGGCGGGGAGGGCAGGGGAUGUGGGGGGAGACCCACGUGCUGCGGGCCACCCCUCCCGCAGCGGAGAAGCUACUGCCCCAUGGUCCUAAGCCCUCCUUCCCUCCCACCGAGUCGUUUGCACCACUAGGGACUUGUAGACCAAAUGGAGACUGUACUGGCCUCAGCUGUGACCCAGGCACAGGCCCCAGGCAUCUGGGGAAGGAAGGAGAACACAGGGGGCCCAGCUCUGGGUCGCCCUGGCCUGCUGCUGUGGGAGAGUGGGAAAAAUGCUGGCGGGGGCCAUAUGGGGCCAAGACACUAGGGCCCAGGUCCUCAGGUCUGUCCAGGCCCCACAGAGCUGGGGCAGCGGUGUGGGCGGGGCCUCCUGAUAGCUCCUCAGGGGUCCUGGCACUGGAGGAAGACAGAACUUGAGCCUGGCCUUGUUUCCUUUCCCCACCAACUCCUGCCUCUAGGGAUGUCUGAGCUCCUGUGCUGGUCAGCACUGCCCGCCCCACCCCCACCCUAUUCCCCCACCAGGCCCUGGGCUGGGAACCGCUCAGGCCCCAGAGCCCCCUUCCCCACCCCAUCUGUCAACAGCCAGGCAGGACCCCCUGCCUUCUACCUCCUGGUGCCUCCCACACUCUCCGGAGCCAGGCAUGCAUGCAGCCCGGUCCUGGCCUCAGGAAAGCGGGGUAUAGCCCAGCCCCCAGCCGGUGUCCUCCCCAGCCAAUCCCCCGAAGGCCCCCACCUUCCAGCAGUUUGAAAGUGGGUGUCCCUAAAGUAGAUUGCAGCAGUUGUCAUCCAGUUCCUUGCUGAACGGGUCACUGCACCAGGGUCCCCCGACGUUGAGUAGAGCAGGGACGUGCCUUUGGCUGGGCACUUGCUAAGCAGACGGAGGCCCCUCAAAUGAGGGGCAGGGGACCGAGAGGGGCUGUCCUCAGAGGCGGCCCAGGACCACCUUGGGGGUGGCUGGGGUGCUGUAUUAUUGACAAGUAUCCGUGUUGAGGAAGCAGGACAGCCAAGAGUCAACAGGUUCCCAAGAAGAGCCACUUAGUUAAAAAGAAAAUGAAGACCAUAGAGAAAAAAAAAAUUUUUUUUUGAGCAAAUGGGGUAUUUUGAAGGUAAUUUAUUUUGUUUUCCUUUCCACUUCUGUGUAGCCUAUUCUUUUCUGAUGGAGAUCAUUUUCUUUUUCCAAAUGGAAGCUCCCUCAUGUGCUGUGCGUGCUUCGUGCCUGCCCAACCUCGAGCGGGCAGCUGGCGGGGCAGGGCUCAGGCGCGGAGGGGACGGGCUGCCGGCAGGGAGCCUCGGGGCCGGGGCAGGAGGCGGGAGGCCGAACCGGGCAGGUCCUUGUUCCCUGCCCGGCCCCUCCAGCCAGUGACUCGCGCGGCACCAGUGGCGGGAGCCGCUCGGUUCUGCUCAGCCGGCGGCUCGCUCCCUCGCUUGCCCGCUCUCCUGGCCUCUGUCCCAGGCCAGCUCCCGCCCCGGGAAUUGAAGACAGGCCGCCCAGGGCAUGAAGUAGCACAUUCAGGAACCGCUAGGGCACCCGGACUCCUGCCCGCUUGCCUCCCGAGGCCUCGGUGGGGAGGGGCAGGCGGAGCUGUCCCCAAAGGCGCGAAGGAGUUGAAGCCACCAGCCUCAGCCCGGAAACCAGGAAAGGAGGGGUAACAGCCGGGGUGGACGGGAGGACCAGCCGGAAAUGCAGCUGCCCCCAAAGCUGUAUCCUUAGUGAAGGACCAAGCCAGGCUUCAGGGUGGCUGUGAUCAGGACUGAGGGAGGACAAGGUGGCCUCAGGAGCAGGCAGCCAAGUGCCCCUUCCUUCUCUGCUAAACCUCCCGCUAAGAGGCAGCAGACAAGAGAGCUGGGGGCUCACGGGAGCCUUUCCCCUCCAGAACCCCGAGGCCCUCCCCCCGGCCCCCCAGGUGCCCGCCAUGAUGACCCUCAGGUGGCAGUGACCCCGUCACUGUAGAAGACAUUUUCUCCUGCUGAGCAGAAGCCUCACCCCCUGCAAACUACCUCUUCCCACAAUGUCUUUCUCCCCUGGUACCAAAAAGAACCCUGUACCUCCUCGUCCUCCUCCUCUUUCCUGCCAGUGCAGUGGCCUUGGUCAUGGAAACCCAAGGGAGAAGGUCUGCCCCCAGGGUGGGGCUGUCCUUUCCUCCCCCAGCCCCGCCAUCAGCACCGGCCCUCUGCGAGGUUCGAUACUUGAACGCCCCCCUGCCCUGUGCCUUGGACCCGGGCAAAGCGAAGAGAAGGAAACAGCACAACUCACACACCGGAGCUGGGGGGUGGUCUCGGCAAGGCUCCUGUCCUCACCCCUCCCUCGACCUUUCAAGAGAGGCACCCGCGCGGCCUCUUGGGUGACUUGGAAACUCCUGGACAUAUUCCAUCCUAACUUAUUUUGACGUGUAUACAAACCACCUGUUUAGAAAUUCCACUUGUGCAAAGCCCUACUGUGUUUUUAUGUUCCUGUUUAAAAGAGAAGUUUACUUAGCAAUAAUUAUAAAUAAAUGAAUAUUCUUUA